AUGUGUGUGUGUGUGUGUGUGUGUGUGUGUGUGUGCAUGUGUGUGCAUGUGUGUGAAAGAGAGACAAAAGUACAUGUGUGUCUGCUGUUGAAGGAGAGGCUGCUGGAAGUGAUGGCUCUUUUGCGUAAGUACUUGUGCGGAAAGGAGAGUUAGAGGCAGUUGUUCAGCGGGACCCUCAGAGAAUGGCAAACUCCACGGUAUCCUUGGAAACCUUCGACUAAAUGACAAUGGCUGAGGCUAUCUGCUGCACUUUGGUGAACUGUAACUGUGACUGCUUCAAACCUGGGAAGCUGAAGAGGAGGCAGUGUGAAAACUGCAAGCAUGGCUGGGUGGCACACGCCCUGAGCAAGCUGAAGGUGCACCACAUGUUCCAGAGCAGCCAGGUGGAGAUUGUGCACUCCAAUGUAGUGUUCGACAUCUGCAGCCUGAUGCUGUACGGCACCCAAGCCAUCCCGAUCCGCCUGAAAAUCCUCCUAGACCGUCUUUUCUCUGUCCUCAAGCAGGAGGAGGUCAUCCAGAUUCUAAACGCACUCGACUGGACUCUGCAGGACUACAUACGAGGAUACGUGCUCCAGGAUAUUGCCGGGAAGGUGUUGGACCGGUGGGCCAUUAUGACCUUUGAGGAGGAGAUUGUCACACUGCAGCAAUUUCUGCGUUUUGGUGAAACCAAAUCCAUCGUUGAACUCAUGGCUCUGCAGGACAAAGAGGGCCAGGCCGUGUUGGUUCCCAGCACCCGGACCAACUCGGACAUCCGCACCUUCAUUGAGCGCAACACGCCUCGCACUGCUGCCAACCUCUCGCCAUCCAAAGUUGAGAAGAUGAGCGGCAACAGCAUGCACCACUUUGAGAACUUCAUCAACAGCAUGGCCUUUAUGCUUCCAUUCCAGCUGUUAGGCUCUGCGCCGGCACCGUAUUUAGAAUCGCCAUUGCAGCAGCAGCACCAGCAACGUCAACAGCACCAGCAGCCGUGCGGUGCCUUGUUGGAGCAGCACAGUCAAAGGACAGCUGAUCAAGGGAGGAGCCAUCUUGGUGCCGACGACCCUUUCCUUUUUUCACAUUCCUCAGAGGGCAGCCUUUUAGGUUCCAGGUCCAUUUCAUUCACUAACGAUUUAGACCAAAGUAGAGAAAAGACGAUGGAUAACCUCUCCACAAGUGCAAAACUUGAGGCUGAAGACUUCUCUGCCAGUGACAACUAUUCAGAUGGACCAUCCACACCGUGUACACCGUCCAUGAGCUCUGAUGUUCCACAGAUGUCACCUGACGGAAAGUUGAGGUCUCUCGACAGAAACGGAAGCGGCAGUGGAGGGGCCUCAGUGGGUGGAGGCUCUCUGAAGAAGGGCCGUGUAUUUUGCAAUGCUUGCGAGAAGACGUUUUAUGACAAAGGUACGCUAAAAAUCCAUUACAAUGCAGUGCAUCUGAAGAUUAAGCACAAGUGUACAAUCGAGGGCUGCAAUAUGGUGUUCAGCUCACUCAGGAGUCGCAAUCGCCACAGUGCUAACCCCAAUCCUAGACUGCACAUGCCCAUGAACCGAAACAAUCGAGACAAAGACCUGCGAGGCAGCUUGUCUGCUGAUGAGAAUUCUCAAGGAGAGAAGAGGGCUGAAUACGGCAAUCAGAUGUCCAUCUGCUCUACAGAAAGUCACAAGUCGGUGUCCAGCUACAUGGUAAGUCAUGUAGACAGUAGCCCUAAGAUUCACAGCAGCUCAUUCCCCAGUAUUGGCCAGAGUGGCAUCCUCUUUCCUAACUUGAAAACAGUACAGCCAGUCUUGCCUUUCUAUCGGAGCCUGGUCACCCCAGCAGAACUCGCCAACACCCCAGGAACACUCCCCUCUUUACCCAUUUUAUCAUCUUCUGUACCUGUUAAACCCAUCACGGCACCCAAACUCUGUAUGACAGACCCUAUACCAAAGAAAAAGUCUCGGAAGUCAAGUAUGCCAAUAAAAAUUGAGAAAGAGAUGGUUGAGCAAGAUGAGCAGAUAGAUAUGGAGAGUAGCUCUGAGGAUGAGGUUCUUUUACGGGAUGAGGACAAAGACGUCUAUAAUGGAAGCCAAGGAGAUGAGCACAAGUGUCCAAGACAAUCUGAGGAGAAGGUGACAAGAGAAGCUUAUAAUGUUAGAGAAAAGGAAAGGUGCAGCACCAAUCAUCUGAAUGACCAAACUCUAAACCGACACUCAGCAGAGAGAGAAGACAAGCAUGAAGGGUCAAAGCAUCCAGAUACUGGGGUCAUCACCUGUACAUCCUCCACAUUAGAAACCAGGUCAUUAGAAAACCACUGUGAUACCAACUCACUUUGUCAAGAAACCAAUGGCAGUAAAGAGAUGGCAGACAGGGAGCACGUGACCUCACUGCACCUAUCUGACAAAACCUCAGAGCUUAAAUGGAAUGAAGGGGAUCACAAGUUGACCAAUGGGAGUGGCUUUCAGCUCAUAGAAAGGGGAGGACACGAUGGACGUGCAGAUGACUAUGGGGACAAUGAGCUGUCCCAGCCCGACUCUGACACAGACCUUCCACACCACUGUGAGAUCUGCAGUAAGACCUUUAAAAACCCCUAUUGUGUCAAGAUGCACUACCAAAAUGUCCACUUGAAGGAGACGCACAUGUGCACAGUGGACGGAUGCAACGCCACAUUUCCCUCCCGCAGAAGCAGAGACAGACAUAGUGCAAAUCUAAACCUGCACAACAAGCUGUUGACCAAAGACUCACUCACUCCAGCCACCGCCCUCUGCUCCCCCUCAUCACAUUGCAUAGACAGAGACUCUGUGGUCCCAGACCAAGACCAACGAGACAAAGACUCUCCCCAUCGAGACCAGACCAAUCAUACUUCUGUCAUUUUCCGAGGACACAAUCGAAUGGGCCUGGUGUUUCCCAUGAGCAAAACCCCUGCUGCUCCGAGCAGUGCUGAGGUGUCUCCCACACCGGAACCUGAGGAUCUUGAAGGAGGAGACGGUGGUGCAAGUAGGAACGAUGGGACCGUGCUGGACCUGAGCACUUCGACGUCUGGUCCGCAGCGUGACGGCCGCCGCUCUCAGUCGUCCUGGGACUCUGAUGGAGCUGGCAGCGAGGACAGGGAGGCAGCUGAUGACAUUGAGGAGGUGCUUCCCAUCGAGGACAGCGAUGAAAGCUGUGAUGGAGUCGGUACGUUGAUGCCAGGGGCUGAGGAUCUGGAGGACAGGAACCUGGGCUGUGGUGGGGUCGGACACGGUGGGCUCCAGGGAAGUGGAGGCGGAUCUCCGAUUACAUGUCACGUCUGCCAAAAGGUGUACAGCAACAAGGGAACAUUUAGGGCACAUUACAAGACUGUUCACCUGCGUCUGCUCCACAAGUGUAAGGUCCCCGGCUGCGACACGUCCUUCUCCUCUGUGAGAAGCAGAAACCGGCACAGUCAGAACCCCAACUUACACCGGAACCUCUCCGUUAACUCAGGUACCACGAUGGACCAAGAGUAAAGAUGUUGAUUUCAAACGCCAAUGCAUUUUUCAUCCUUUUCUUUUCUUUUGGAAUCACAAAGUGAAAGCCUGCCAAUUGGCACUUUUAUGAAAUAAUACCACAUUCCAUCCAAUUUUGAUAUUUUCAGGAAAAUAAAAAAGAAACAAAAAAGACAAGAAAAAAGUUAAAACAGUCUAGAACCAAUUAGUUGCAUCAAAUGCUAACUGAGUUGUUCUUUUCUGCAAUCAUCUGUCAGUUUUGACGCAUUACCACUAAAUCAGUCAAUGCAUAUAAUUAUUAAUGUCAUCAAUACAUGUGUGUUUACUUUUUACUGUAAGUAAACGAGUCUUGUUGUAAAGUGGCUUUCUUUUUUUUUGCAAUUGUUUUUUCUGAUUCUGCCGGUUCAAAUCUAUUUUUGUUGUUGUUGUCCUAGUAAGAGUUAAAUUAUGAGACUUUAUUAUGCAAGAACAAUUUAAAGCAGUCGUGAAGUAACUCCUACAAAUGUCAGUUUAUUCAUUCAGUCGGUGGAUUUCAGUAAGACUCCUCGUUAAAAGGCUACAGUGUCGUGAGUUUGACCAAUAAGUUAUUGUAAGGUGUUAAAUGAGCGGUCUGUUACUGUUCUGUUAAAUACUACCAAUGUUGACCAAAGAUUUUUUUUCUCAGUUUAAAAUGUAUAGCUUCCCCUUUAUACAUUGUGAGGGAUAUGCAGUAUUAAGGGGCUCACUGUGUCUUUGCUCAUUUCUUUUUCUUUUUUCAAAGCUAAAAUCUUAUUAAUUUUGCUAAAGCAGCARMAAAAAAAAAAAAAAAAAAGAACUGGACUUUGGUUGCAUGUUUUUAAAGAAAUUCGCUCAUUGGACAAUGUUUAAAUGAGGCGCUGUUUUCAUAUUAUUCUGUUUUGAAGUAAGCCGACUGACGGGACAAUCAGCAGAAAGAAGUCGUGUCUGGAUGCUAGAAGCAUGUACUGUGAAUGAGUCAAACACUGAUACAGUUCAUGGUUGAGGGGGGAGCGUUUUGAUCAUAGCAGCCCCACACAUGAGCAACCCUGAAACACAGGACUGCUAAACAAACUGGAUAAUAAACUGUAUAUUCUGUUAAUAAACUCAUUGUUUAAAAAAGAAGCCAAAAAUUUACUGUAUUAAAUAGGAUAUUUUCAUUGCUAACAUUACAUUUGUUCUUUUUAUGUUGAUUUAUUGUUUGUUAAUUUCAAAAACAAGCAGUGUGCUGUACAUUCCUGAUGAUUUCACUGUGGUUUAUUGUUCUGGUUUUGCUCUGUUUUCUUUUUUAUUUUCUCAUUCUGUAUUUAAAUCCAAGGUGUCACAUUAAAAUGUCAUUUGUUUAUUGUUUAGAUUUGUUAAAAAAAAUAAGAGCGAAAGAGCAAAAGUUAAAACUUGUUGAUAAGUGUUUGUUUCUUUUGAAUUAAUGAUACAAUAUUCAUUCCAAUUAAAUAAAAAGCCAUAUGUUUGCAA